AUGGGCGUUGAGCUGGAGAAGGAACGAAACCGAGGCAUUGGGAAACCGCUGCUCGGAGGGCCCUUCUCACUCGUCAGCCAUGAGGGACAGCCCAAGACCAGCAAGGACUACAUUGGCCAGUGGGUGCUGAUCUACUUCGGCUUCACACACUGCCCUGACAUCUGUCCUGAUGAACUGGAGAAAAUGAUUGAAGUGGUAGAUGAAAUUGAUAGAAUUCCAUCUUUGCCUAAUCUGACCCCACUCUUCAUCACCAUUGAUCCUGAGAGGGACAACGAAGAAGCUGUUGCCAGAUAUGUUAAAGAAUUUUCUCCGAAGCUGAUCGGAUUGACUGGUACCAAGGCACAGAUUGACCAAGUGGCCAAAGCUUACCGCGUGUAUUAUAGCGAAGGUCCCAAAGAUGAAGACAAUGAUUACAUAGUGGAUCACACAAUAAUAAUGUACCUCCUCGGGCCAGAUGGUGACUUCGUGGACUAUUAUGGCCAGAAUAAGAGGAGCACUGAGAUUUCUGCUUCUAUUGCUGCACACAUGAGAAAAUACAGAUCCUAAAACACAAGGUCUUCAAAGGUUGAUGUGAACAUCACCUGUGGGUUUGGCUGUAAUCGGGCAUUGAAGUUAAAGCGGAAGCAUACAAGUGUAACAUCCCGUCACCGCAUGCCUCCUUUCUUCCAAAUACGAAAGGCAACCAUACUUCUGCAAAAUACCAUUAUCAAAAAUCUCUAUGGAGCCUUCCCCAUGGAUAUUAUUUGCAGCAAGAUCUAGGCUACAGAAUGAAGUUUGGGACUUCUCUGAAACAUUCUUGGGAGCAGAAAGUGGAAAACACUUUUCAUUUGGGAAGAACAUGUGUAUCACUGGUAAAAUUAAUUGGUAUCUCUUGGCAAGACAUCGGUGAAGGAUGGUCACUGCAGGAGGAUGAUUACUUGAUGAAAAGCCAUGUGGGCCAUGGCAUUCUCAGAGGACCUCUGCCUUCUUUUUUUCUGCACUGUUUUGCCUUCUGGGAGAGGCAGUUACAAUAUCAUAAGCAGGAGAGUCUUAAGAGUACUUCUUUAUCAAGGUUAAGAAGGUGAAGAGCACUGAAAGCAUCAGCAGCUUCCACGCAUGGGACCAGCCCGUGUAGCGUGCCUGAUCUCUUCUUCCUUUGAAUGCAGAAAUGAAAUGUUUUUUUCAUGGUGAUUUUUCCUGGUGAACACUGUUAACUUACAAGGAAAUGAGUAAUGGGUUGCAAGUAGAUUUCUUCUUCUGGUCUAAAUGAUUUUAUGCAUAGGUAGCCUGAUUGUGCUAUGCUGAAUAGUGAAGUGGGGAGGAUGAAGGGGGUCUGUGGCCAUGCGUAGGGCUGUCAGUCAGAUAAAUUUUAUGCAGUGCAGCAUUUGAAAAUAAA